UUGUUGACGUUUGUGACAUUUGUCAACACCUACUCCAAUUAGAAAAUAUAUAUUUUUGUCGAUUUAAAUACCAUACAUUUAAUAUGCAAACCACCGACGACGGCGAGUACAUCCCAGCCAAAGAACUAGACCGAAACUUUAAAAUACCCAAAAAAAGAGCAAAUUCCGACGAAGCCCCCACGAUAAUGAACCAACAAGUGAUGGAGAACUCAUAUUACAAUUACUUAACAGAGCCCCAGCCCCCAAUAAUAUCGCCAUAUCAAAUCGAUGCAGCAAGAAAUCUCAUUUUACAGUCGUUGCAGAAAAGGGAGUACGAGAAGCCUAAGACUUACCAAAAUCAUAUUUUGAGAGAGACUAUCCCUGAUUGUUUUGAUGAAACCCUCCCAAGAGAAUUAACCUCACUGUUUCAACCGUUAUAUUGCAAGCUCUGCUCCGCACAACUUAGUAGUAAUGUGGUCGCUAAGUUACAUUACAAAUCAAAAAAUCACGAGAAGAAAAUUCGGAAGUUUUUGAUUGAGUACUCAGAGAGGACGGGGGAGCCCUUGCACAAAAGAGCCAAAAUUAUGCCAAAAGCUAAAGAGUCUGAUGGAGAUGAAAGCAAUCCUUUGUAUUUUUAUUGUGAUGUUUGUGAUCUGCCUUUGACGGGGAAGUUGCAUGCUGAAUCUCAUUAUAUGGGGAAGAACCAUCGAAAAGCGACCCUCGGCAUGAAGGCCCCCGCCGGUAAAGGCCACUACGACCCCACCGGCAAAUGGGUGAGAGAAGGUUCCAGCCACGCUCGACCUGCCAAUGACCCCAGCGUCGACGACACCUUCGGCCAGGAUUUUCGCACGGAGCCGCCGCCACCGCCCGCCCCAGGAUUCAGGUGCGAGCUCUGCAACAUCACCACCACCUGCCAGGAACAGCUCGAAUGCCACUACAACGGCCAGAAGCAUCGGAAGAAAGUGAAACAGCAGCAACUAGAGAGUGGCAUUGUCGCGGGCCCGAAUGACAAUAUUUUGACGAGUGUUUUGUUAGCUGAUGCGGAUAAGGGCGAUUGUUCUGUUUACAGGACGCCGUCAGGGCAGUACUAUUGUCAGGUUUGCAAUUGCUCGUCUAAUUCGGAGAUGCAGUUUAAACAACACCUGCAGAGUAAGAAUCAUCUGAAGAAGGCCAGCCAGAAGAAGGCUUAAGUUUUGUCGUGUUGCGAGUGUUAGAGUAAGUAAUUUUUUAUUGUUAUGGAUGUAGUUUAAGAGUAGAAAUGUAAUGUUCUGUUGAAAUAAAGAGUUGGGAGGUGCACCAA